AUGACGAUACAACUCACUCUCCUGCCGCGCGAGCUCCAGGUUCUAAUACUGUGCAGGCUCGACCUGCGAGAUUGCAGUGUUCUGACCAGUGUAUGCCAUUCCCUGCACGAUCUGGUGCGAGGUACUCCGUCACUUCAAUACCCCAUCGAGCUCGCCGCAGGUGGCAUGUGCGAUAACCCCCAUGGCACCGAUACUUCCAUAUCCGAACAUCUGAAGAACCUACGACUCCAUCUCGGAGCUUGGUUUACACUGCGCUGGACGAGCGAUAUGUUCUUCCAUGCGCCACCUGGGAAUGCUUUGCUUUGCGAGCAAGGGCUUGUGAUGUUUGAACAGAAGCGAGACAGUCUCAUUAAGGGCAUCGGGUUCAACGUGCAUCAGCUCCCUGCGAGCACUCGCAAUGUGGUCUAUGGACACUGGACAGUGACACCUGGCAUCGAUAAGGAGUCUUCUCUCGGGAGUGAAGUCUACGCUGUGCGUGCACCCUCUGGUCUGUCAUACGGAAUGCUGAUGCGAGGACGAAUGGUGGACGGCGAUUGCAGAUCGACGCCUCGCAAGACCUACUCAUUCUUCGGCGGAGUGAAACACCCUCCGAAACUUACCUUGACGUCUACUCAUUAUCGGAGGGAUUGCGACACCCACUCGCAGAGUGCCCGCGCGCAAUUCAUUCGGGGAGAUUGGAUCUGUGUGCUUGACCGAGACGUGAUGAUCUUCACCUGGAAAACGGGACGACGGAGCACGUACUACAGCACGCAGGCGAGGUUGACAGACUGCAUCUUUCUAGACGACAGUCAUCUUGCCGUCAUGGUCGCAGGCAUAUCUCCAUCACCAGCCGUACUACUGGUGUACGAGUUGCCCAACGCGUCCUCAGAUGGGGAUGCACUCUAUCCGUCGAACCUUCCGGUUCUCGCUUUCGUCUUCCCCGCGAUCCAUGACGCGUCCGCGACACGGACCGAAUGGAGACUCACAUGCGGUUCGGCCUCGUCUGCUGCACGCAGUUCUCGCGCCGGCGCUGGUGACUUCUGCGCCGAUCCAAAGGAGACGAUGAUCAUGGUUCUAUUCCGCCUGGGAGAUCUCGGCUACGAGCUCAUCGUACCGACGCGAAGACUGCUCGAGUUCCUUCCAGGCCGCAUAGACGACAUACACAUCAGCCGUACGAUGUUCUCAUCUCGAGACGUACCGUGGUCCGAAUGGGGUCCGCGGUACGCGUACCUUCGGUCGGCAACCUUUGACGAGGGAGCGCUUCGGGCGACCAUCUUCGGUAUGAGGCGCGUGUUGCAUCGACCCAUCAUCUCGGGCGGCAAGCUGGCCGUCGUCGUCCAAGACCUCUUCCGACCUCGAGUACUGCACGCGGCGGCGACGUCCAGUCUGUCGUAUGCUGUCUGUCGCAGUCAGCCUGUGGUUGGACCGUGGCUUGACAGCGCCACGAUACAGACGGAGGUGUCAUACGUUGAAACGGUGCAGGAACUGCCCAUCUCGUGUCAGGGUAAGGAUCCGCAGGACGUGGGAGUGUCUAUCAACGAAGAUGGGCUUGUCAUCACGGGAUCCAACGAGGCGAUUGUCGAGACUCAUACGUUCUGA